GCCUCUCCACAGCGACAGAAGGAGAGAGAGAGAGAGAGGAAGAAAAGGGGGGAGAGACCUAAACGACUGACUGGAGGUUCAUCCAAGCGCUCAGGACGCACAAUCAGCGCUCCAAAAAGGGACUCCAAAAAAAGAAAAAGAAGCAGAAACCCUUCAGCGCUCUUUCAGUCUUCCCAUCCAACAGUGCAAGUGGAUGUUAUUUACACCUCUAAAGACUUGUGUUCAUUUUUUUGUGCGUUUACUCGCAUAGACUGACUGGAAAGCUCGGAUUUUGAGGACAGCUGCUUGUUUUUUUCAGAAAAAGAAAUCUUUAUUUUUUACUUGUGAAGACAUGCAUCGGUGCACAGCAGUGCUACUUUUGUUAGUGGUGGCCUUAUACUUCCUGAGCGCAGAAGCCUACAAGUGCAGGUGCACCAGAAAAGGACCAAAGAUCAGAUACAAGGAUGUACAGAAGCUGGAGAUCAAACCCAAACACCCGUUCUGCCAAGAGAAGAUGAUAUUUGUGACGAUGGAGAACGUGUCCCGGUUCAAAGGGCAGGAGUAUUGUCUUCAUCCCAAACUUCAAAGCACCAAGAAUCUGGUCAAAUGGUUCCGCAUCUGGAAGGACAAGCACAGGGUGUACGAAGCCUAAAACCUUGGCAACCCAUCACGUGAGGAUCAAGUGAGACGAAAAAAAGACGACAACACCACCAGGACUGUUUUUGUGAAGUACAAGAUGUAACCUGCAAUCAAACUGUACUUCUCCCUCUUCUGCCUGAGAUCUGUCAAGCACAUUAAGAGAUAUCUACUGUAUAGUUCGUAUAUAAACAGGUGGGCUUGUUUUAGUCGGCCAUCAGUCUAGUCACAGUCACUCACCACUCCUUUACAACUGUAGUUAUACUUGUCAAAUAGUGGACGAGACACCACCGUCUGUGUUCAAACAGUUGUAGGUUUGUUCGGUUAUUAUUUAAAGGGACUUUGCUCUUGGCUUUUAGGCUUCUUUCCAAGUGAAGAAUGUGUAAUUCUGAAGAGACGGGGAAAAUCCUCCUUUGAAAAAUACAGUCUCAGAUUUUCACUGCUUUGUAUUCAGCAUGACAGGUAUGAUAGUUGUACAAUGCCAGCAUUUAGGAUCUGGUUACCCGUGUUUAAGAGGUUGCAGCGAUAAAGGUUCUCGGUGAAUUUAAUUCUCUGUAUUUGUCGAGGAGAGUCGGUCAGUGUGUGGUGACUUAUAAUACAGAAGUUACUAUUGUUCAGUCAGAUAGAGGGGAUCCACCACAGUGUGUGUGUGUGUGUGUGUGUGUGUGUUUACCAUGCCCAUGCUAGUCAUAUGUGUCAGACAAGUACACCACUCUGCAGCAAACAUUUUGUAAUAAUAAUAUCUUACUUAACCUGCAGGGUUUAGUUACAGCAGACAAUAAAUAAUACAAAUAGUUCAUUUGUGCCAUUGCUACAUACAGUAAAGUCUGUGGAUUUGAGCUCAUUCAGUAACUUGACUAUUGUAUUCAUUAAGAAAACAAAACUGUCUGCAGUUUACAUCUACAGAGAAAUAUCUUACAUAUAUUUUCACUGGUUGAAAGAUUUUCAUUCCACCUCUUGAAAUAAAGUAAUUACGCAAUAACUGACACAUAACUAUUGAGCUAUAAUAGCAUCCUUAAAGGAUAAGGCUGUCAAUAUUCUAUAUUUUCAUUAUUGUUAAUAAAUACCAUGAAAAUAACAAAACCAACAAUGUGUUGGUCCAUCUCAAGCACUUCCUGACCUCCCAAUGUUGUCAGAAACUCAUGUGCUCCUCCUGUUUAAAAACUAGUUGGUAAUAUACACUGUCAUUUUUUUUAAAUGCUAAAUAAUUUCCUAAAACAGCUGGCCACUGUGGCUUUUAGCAAAUGUUACUCAAACAGAAAUGAAUAAUGUAUUUUAUGGGGAUUAUUUUCAGCUGCUGAUAAAUACAUGUAGUAUUUGCAGCACCAGGACAGUGUAACAGUGAGGGUCAUGGAUGUGUUUUUAACCGUUUUUGGACAAUAAUGGAGCUCUAUGGCACAGAGGAAUACGAUAUAUAAUGUACAAAGGCAAUACUUGUUAAUAGAAUAAAUUCAUCAUUGGUUUUGAUGUAUUCAUGGGAUUUGUUGACAGUAAGAAAAAUGUAGAAUAUCAUCAGAGUUGCUUAAAAUGGACAUUGGACUGUGUGAUUACGUUGGUAUGAAAAUGAGCAUUACCAGUGCACAGGAAUUCAAAAAUGUAUAUUUUUGCAUUGAAAAGGGACAAUUUGGCUAAAAAUUCAAAUACUCCUAACUAUAGUCGCUGACCACACACAAAACAACAUAAUUACAUUACAGCAUAUAUUUAAAUAUAAGGCUAAUGAUCAUUUUAACUCUCUCCUACAGUCUAUGUGGGUGAUGAUACUCUGCUCUUUAAUAAUCCUUUCUCUCCUCCAGUAGAUCUCCUGAACAAUAAAUGUGUUAUUAUUUUGUAUGCUGUGGAUACACUUUGUAAUAACGACUGUCUGGUGAUGUUUUGUUGCCACCAAACAGAAUUCACACACAAAUAUAUCUGCAUAUAUACAAAACACCACAUUUUCUUUACCUUUUGAAGAAUGUGCAUUACUCUUGUUUUAUAUCUUAUAUAUAAAUAUAUAUAAAGAAGCAUUUUGUAAAUGGACCAUUAUAGCCUAUAUGUUAGUGAGAAUGAAUUCACCUUAAGACUUUAUAGUGUCAUGUAUAUUGUAUUACUGAAUUAUAGUUGUUUUGCUAUUUAAAUCUUGGUUUGGUAACAGAUAUUUGGAGGGUGAGUGUUUGGACUGGCCCACCAAACACACAGUUAAACAUUCCAUUGAGUGUAAAACAAUAAACUCAGCAAUAAAGUGUCUAUAGAGCA